AUGAAAACACAGAAAAACGAAACACUCCGAUGGUUGCUUGAUAAUUCUCCAGUGAUCAACAAUAAUAAUUUUGUAAAUACCAAUGCAUUGAAUGCAAGAGUGUUUCCAAUUACAUUUAUCAGUGCAGAAUUAGAAAAUGCAGGAUCAUCAGGAGUGUUGAGGUCUAAUUGCCAAGUUUACUUGUCAUCCUAUUUUAGCUUUAAUUCGAUUGGAAGAAUUUUACCUACAUUUAUUGGAGAUGAACGAUAUAAACAUGUGUAUGAUCAUGGAAAGAGGAAUUUGAUUUUACAGAAAUUUUUGCAAAGUUCUGCUUCAGACUAUAUUGGAGAAGAGGACCUUAUCUUUUUUAGUGAUGGGAUGGAUGUCAUGUUUUAUGAUGAUUUGCAACGUGCUGCGUAUGUUUAUGUGAAAUAUUUACGAGAGGAGGGAAUUGAUGUUGAGAGAGACAGAGAUAUGGAUUGGCCAUUGUUGUUUAAUGCUGAAAAGAAUAGACAUCCACCACCCUAUGAGUUGAAAAAUUAUAUUAAGAACAUGGAUGUAAAACUUGUAAUCUCAACAUACGUAAACAGGGAAAAUUAUCCAAAGAAGAGUUAUUGUCAUCCACAAUCCACUUUUAAAUUUCUCAAUUCAGGCAUGUAUAUAGGAAGAAAGAGAGACAUCAAAUCAUAUAUUUUCAAAAUAUUUCACCAUGUUGUUAUUAAUCCAACAAAUAUACACAAUGAUGAUCAAGGAAUAGCACAUUAUGUCUAUAUUUCCAAAUCGUUCUAUCCAAUAGCCGUAGAUUGCAAUACCACUUUGGGUCUUCCAACAUUUGAAGCCUGUGAAAGCUUUACAUUUGACCAACGAACUGGUAAAUGUCAAAUUUCAAGUCCAUUAAAUAAGGAAAGACCAAUAGCAGUACAUAGCGUUGGAAAGGGUUGUCCUCAAUUUUGUCCCUGCCUUAAAAGCAUUAUUGACUCUGGAUUGUUACAAUUUAAUAUUCAACGUGCAAUUCACUCUCAUGGAUAUUCCAAUGAAAAGGAAUUGAAAAAAGAAUUUGGAGUUGUUGUGUACAACAGUGACUAUGACACGAUUCGAAUCCAAUCUGUUCUUGAUUUCUGUGGAAAGGAUAUUUUAUUCAACAUUCCAAAGCAUCGAUGCGUCUUCAAGGCAUAUCAGAUAUAA